UUUCCAGACUCACUUGUUUUUCAGACCCUUGCCCCAUUUAUUCCACAACUAAUCAGGGACAUUGGCGUGACCCAUGGAGACGAAUCCCAGGUUGGACACUAUGUCGGCAUCCUGCAAUCAUCGUAUUAUAUGGCUCAAGCACUGACUAUUCUCCAUUGGAGUCAACUGUCAGAUCACAUCGGGCGGAAGCCUUUGAUACUGACCGCUCUAUUCGCAAUAGCGGUUUCGAUGUUCUCGUUUGGACUGUCGAAAACAUUUGUCGGUCUGGUGAUCAGUCGUGUUUUCUGUGGGGCAUUCAAUGGGAGUAAUGGUGUCGUCAAAAGCAUGGUGAUGGACAUUACUGACACAACCAACUUGCCGAAGGCAUACGGCUACAUGCCGCUCCCAUUGAUGUUGGGAACCAUAGUUGGACCACUCGUCGGGGGAUCGCUCUCCCGACCCGCAGAUAGGUUCCCUAAUAUAUUUGGGCGAUCAGAACUCCUGAAAACCUACCCAUACCUCUUGCCAUGCGCUGUUCCGGCUAUAUUUGCCUCGGUGGCUUGGCUAGUCACGUAUUUCCGUUUCAAAGAGAGCGUUUCAACAAGUGCGCCACUUUUGGGCUUGCUCAAAGGAUGGUUCUCGCGACAAUCGCAUACACAGCAUUCCAUGACAUCGAGCAAUGCCAUGGUCAGCUCUGGGGCAGCGAAUUCUGAACAAGUUCCAUCAAAGCCGCUUCCAUUGCGUGCCUCACUAACACCAAAAGUCCUGACUGUAACAGCCAGUUAUGUCACUAUGGCUGUAUUAUAUAUGGCAUUUAGCUCGAUCCUACCUCUGUUUUAUGCGACGCCGAUUGAACUCGGUGGUCUUUCCCUUGAUCCUCCUCGCAUCGGCGCUAUACUUGCGGCAUCAGGUCUCGCACAUGGCAUAUUCCAGCUACUUUUCUACGCUCGUCUAAAUGAUCGCUUUGGCGCAGGAGCCAUUCAUACCGCCGGUGUUAGCUCCGGUAUACCUAUCGUCAUUUUAUUCCCAGUGAUCAAUGUUCUAGCCCGAGUCCAUGGAGUGGGUUUGAUAGUGUGGUUGUGUGUUGCCGUGCAACAUGCGCUGACGACUAGUCUGAUGAUGUGCUAUCCCUGCAUGGCGUUGUUUAUUCGAGCAGCUGCUCCCAAUCGCGCCUCGCUUGGGACAACCAAUGGAAUUGCCCAGAUGGUUGCCGCAGGAGCAAGGAUCAUUGCCCCAGCGUCUGCAGCUUCGGUCUUCUCUUAUUCGAUGCGGGAAGGUCAUGAUGCAUGGAUGGUCUAUUACUACUUGAUGGCGAUUGCAUUUCUCGCUCUAGGUACCUCUCUGUUACUUCCUCGUGAUCCUAGUGUAUGGGAAGUCCGCCAAUAGUAUGAAUGACCAUGAACGACCUACAUACCAUCCACCCUG